CCGCUGUUCGCAGCUGGCGCCAUUGGUUUGCCAUGCGUUGUUUGCGAAAGCAGCGCCUGCCGAAAACCACGUGUUUGUCUCUGUGACAGGUGUGAGAUGCAAGCAAUACAAGGACCUGGUAGUAAUCGUGUAUAUAUGUCGCAGGUUACAAUCGCUGACCGGGGGCAUGAAACGGAGGUGCCGGAGUUCCUUGCGUCCCUCAAAGAGGUGAAAGACAAGGCGUCUUGUGUUUCUGCGGCAGUGGGAAGUCUUCUGUCUCGUGUCAAGAACAAAAAGCAGUUGAAUACUGCUGCGGGCCUGAGCUUCCUUGAGAUGAAGAACCAUGUCAUGCUCAGCUACCUGCUUGACCUGACACACAUUAUUUGGUGCAAGGUUUCUGGCAAAAGCAUUGAUGGUGACCCUUCAAUCCGUCGGCUCGUGCAAGCUCGAACUGUCCUCGAGAGAAUUCGUCCCAUUGACCAGAAACUAAAAUAUCAAGUUGACAAAGUUGUCAGAACAGCGACUCUCGGAACUCUUAAUGCUGAUGACCCUUUGAGGUUUAGAGCAAAUCCUGCAGCCCUUGAAGCUGAAAGUGGUGAUGAGUCUACAGAUAGUGUUGAAAAGGGAGCUGGAGAUAAAGCAACCAAAGUGUACAGACCCCCAAAGUUGGCACCUGUUCACUAUGAUGGUGAUGAAACCGAAAAGGAACGUAGGGAGCGACUCCUAGAGCGAGCAAAGAGAAAAGCUUUGUGCACUAAUGUUAUGGAAGAACUGCGAAGCGAGUUCUAUGAUGGCCCUGUAGAAAUCAAGGAUGCUUAUGACAGCCACAAAGCAAAGCAGAACAAGGCAGUGCAGGAGCGAGUGCAGUACGAAGAAGACAACAUGCUAAGACUUACAUUGACCAAGAAGGAAAGGAACCUUGGAAAGCAGUUGGGAACCAUGUCGAGCCUGAGAGACCUCACCCGCUUUGGGGAUUUCUCGGCUUUGGAUGCCAACGAUGCAGAUGACCUGCAACCACCAAAGAAGAAGACCAAGAAGGUAUAUAAGAAAAAAUGGGGCAAGAAAGGAUUUCGGAAAGGAAGACGCUGAGGCCAUGAACACGUACAGAACAUUAAAUCAUUCUUUCAUGGGCAGUA